UAUCAUAGGAAUGGGACCAUUUACGAGUCCCCAUCAAUAAUUACUAAUUUCGUAAUUAUUUUUAGAAAAGAUUCUGGAAUAGUCAUACUUAGGAUGGAGUUAAGUGAACCUACUGCAUCAAGUCAUUAACUUCAUAGUAAUAAUGUAUAAGCAUCACUCAGCAUUAAAGUUGCCUCCAUGACCAGCAAAGCCCUUUUACUCUCAUGCCCUCAUAAUCACCUACAUCUAUAAAUUUUGGGAAAGCCAAUAAAUACGGGCCAGCUACAGUAAUUCUUCUGUGGAGAAAAUUCUCUGAAAAAAUAUUCGGUCCGGCGCGAGACUGUCGCCCAGGAUAGAUGUAUUGUAGUCUACCAUCGGUGCAGUGAUGCAAUUGCUCUGAUGCCAUAAAACAGCAGGAAAGUAAGAUGACGAAGUUGGAAUGCUAUUUAGAACAUACAGAUAGAAAACCUGUAAAAGCUGUCGAUCGAAGAAUGGUCCAUGCCUUCAUCUUUCAAAUUUCUGGUCUCAAACAUACAGUCUGUCGUCAAUACCUCUCUAUCCACAGAUGAUUAUCCAAUAUGGAAGUCCCAAAUGUCAAAGAUAAUUAACGCCUAUGGAUUCGUUGGAUUCAUCGAAAGAUCCACUUGUAAACAUCCAGCUUCGUCACUGAUGAAGCCGGAAUACCAACCUCCUCACACAGCCUUCGUCACUGAUGAAGCCGGAAUAUCAACCUCGAACCCAGCUUACAUUACUUGGAUUCUAAUUGACCAGAAAGCUGCAGCGAUCUUGUCUACAAUCUCCACCAUGAUUCUACCCUAUGUCAUCAAUCUGGACAGCUGCUAUGAAAUUUGGAAUCAAACGAUGACAGUAUUUGACACAAAUCAAAGUGCCUUGGACAAUAUAGCUGCAGAGGGGAAGAUGUCAUGCUCUACAUUCUCAAGGGUCUACCUCCAUCUUACCAAGCUUUUAAAACUGCCAUCAGAACUUCUCCUCUACCUAUAAGCCUUAAAGACCUGUAUUCCCUCCUUCACAGCGAAAAAAUCAAUAUCUCCACCGAAAACCAAACAAAACCCACUCAACCUGAUAGUCACGCAGCAUUAGACGCCCAAAGAGGAAGAGGUCACAGCUCCUACGAGAUAGUCACGCAAAUGUUUCUCGACGAAAAUCUUCCAACAACUCGUACCGAAACACAAAUGAAGGAAAUUGGAAAAACCUAAGGCCACUAGUGCUGUCAUAUGCCAGAUCUGCCUCAAGCCAGGCCAUGCGGCACCCCAAUGUUGGCAUAGGUUGAACCACAUCUACAACCCAACAAGCUCCAGAUCAUACAACCCUCAUCACUUCUUCUACUCCCGACCAGGAUUGAUACAUUGACACCGGAGACUCACAACACGUGACCGCUGAUAUCGGCAUUACACAGAAUUAAGAACCUUACCAAGGUCAAUAUCAGAUCUACAUCGGCAAUGGAAAUACAAUUUUCAUCCAAAACACUGGCCAGGGCCUGCUGCCUACUACUACUA